GGUGAUGUGGAGGCAGGGGGAAAAGGCACACUGAUGAAACCAUGGCACCAAGAAGGAUAAGAAAAAUCAGCAAUCAGGCAGAAGGACACACAGAUGGUCAAAUUAGCAAGGAGAUGCGCCAAAAGCAAAGGGCGCUUUUUAUUCAACAGUUCGAGAAAGAAGGUUUUUAAUUUGAACACAGGACCGUAUAAACGAGAUGGAGGCAAAAUUGGAGCAGACUCUUGCAACAGUAGAUCGGGUUUUCAAAGUGGAAUUGAUGAAAAUGCCACCUGCGCUUCAAAAAACCUUGAUAAUAGAUUUAAUAAAUGCGGAUGACAUUUCGGCAGGUGAAGUCACAAUCGCCAUAAAGACCGAGUCACCCGAGAUUCACCAGCCUCUCACUAGGAAGCUCAGUAAAAAAGUCAAAGUAAGUGAAGGUGCAUCGGCUCAUAAACGGAAGACUACAACAGACCCAUCAAAGGGUUCCGAGAAAGCCAGAUCACUUGCCAAUAGCUCAAGCACUGGAAGCCUACGGUGUGCCACAUCCACAAAUACAAAAAGAACCAAAACUCGUCUUGCCAAAAUCAGUGAUCAGUCUCCACUGACUGGAACAAAACACAGAUCUGUUUCGCAGUCAGCCAGUGAUGACCACCUGUAUUGCUCCAUGUCUGGAUUGUCUCCACAUGUAACAGUCUCUACAGCCCAUGGAGAGACAUUGUGCCUCUCGGAUGAUACUGUUGAAGAUGUCGACAUUGGGUUACUGGAUGACAUGGCUGUUCUCCAGAUGCAGAAGUUGAUGAAACUGAUGGACUACCUUUUCAACAAAGUCAAAGCGAAUCAGCAAUGAUAUCAAGACAUUGAUCCACUAAUGCCACCUAUGCAUGUUUUACGUUCAAAUUAAAAGUUGUGAUUCAAUAAAUUGUAUUUGUAUA